AUGAAAGCAGACCAGCCUGUCGCCGCUGCAUCUCAACUGGUCGCACUUGCGAUGGAUACGGUAUCUGGGGUGGUGGGGGCAGUCCGUAUGGCCCCCCCACAGUCCACAAAGGCACUAUCCAUCUAUUGCACACCGGUACCAGCCGGCAGUCUAGACCCCGAAGAACAGACCUGCUUCGACUGGUUCAUGAGAAAAACGACUACCAAGUUCGCCGGCGUAUUCAAAUCUCAGUUCUGGGAAACACUUGUCUUCCAAGCUAGUGCGCAAGAACCCGCCGUCCGCCAUGCCGUCGUCGCCUUAUCCGCGGCCCAUCGCUUUGAUAUUAGUGCUGGAUCCUGGGUCCCGGCUAUAUAUGGCGUCGAUGCGGAGCGAUUCACGUUACAACAAUACAAUAAAGCGAUUCAUCAUCUACGGAGUGUGACAAUGAAAAGUCAUGCACCAGGAUCGGAGCUGUCGAAUAAGAAAGCUCUUCGCGUCGCUCUCAUUACCUGCAUGCUCUUCGUUACGCUGGAGUAUCUUCGUGGCCAGUACAAAAUGGGCAGUGCACAUCUGCGAUACGGUAUACAGCUCCUGGCUGAUAUUUCGACGCCUUCGCCGCGAACUUCGAUGGCACCGGGUAUACUUAGCCCGGCGGAGGAUUUUGUGCAUGAUGCGCUAAUUGAUUCGUACACGAGGUUGACGGUUCAAUCGGCUAUGUUUGGUCAUGUACCGUCCCAUCUUUGUGUGAUUGUUCGCGAUCCGCAGGUGUACGCUCUACCUUAUACCUUCUCUUCUCUUCUGGAGGCGAGGCAGACCCUCGACGAUCUACUCCAUCGGAUCCAUUGUCUGGAGCGAUACAUUUAUCCACACCGCUCAAGCUCGCUUAAGAAGGAGGACGAGGAGAAUGAAUACAAGCCGGAAAAUGAUCCCAAAGCUUUCGAAACACAGCGCACAAUUGUGGCUGAUCUGUCACAGUGGCGGAAAUCUUAUCAAGCUUCUAUCUCCCUCAAGGCAGAGUCUCCGACAGAAAAAUGUGGGUUCCUCCUUCUCCGAGUAUAUCAUCAAAUGGCGAUGAUCAUGGCUUCAGUAUGUCUUUCGCGUGAGGGGGAGAUGGUCUUCGAUGCGUACACGAAUGAGUUUGUCACGGUAAUAACGACCUUCUUCGAUAUGUGGCGGUACUGGUGUACGAUUAGUACGCGCGUCGAGGAGAUAAAUCAGUCAUUACAGAAUGGCAACUCGAAGUGUGAAGGCUAUUCGUUCACGAUCGAGGCGGGCUUCAUCCCGCCGAUGUACUAUACAGGGCUGAAGUGUCGUAUUUCGAGGAUUCGUCGCUUAGCGAUUCGGUUGUUGAGGGCAGCACCGCACCGAGAGGGCGUAUGGAAUGGCCCACUGUUGGCGGAUGUUCUCGAUGAGGUUGUAGAGGUGGAAGAUGGUUCUUUCAACUACACUAAGAAUCAUUCAAAACAGGAUCCAGAUGACGAAUUCUCAGAUAGUGAUUUUCAGUUUGGCAAAAUGGAUUUGCCUUCGCCAGAGGUACGGACCGAGUCGCGAGUUUAUGAUGUCAAGGUUCUCUUGCCGGAUGUUGCUGGUGGAGACACAUUUAUGAGUUACGAGCAGAAGGGGGAUGAUGGUCAAUGGGAAACUUCCCGUCGGAAGGUCAAGAGGAAGAGCGUUGCAAAAUCUUGGGCGUUAUUUUAA